CAUUGUCAAAGAUAUAAUUUUAGAAACUAAAAUUCAAGACAGAAAAUUAUUUAGUUAUCCCUAGAUUUGGUAUGGUUAAUAAUGAGCUACAGAAAAUCAAAAUUGCUGCAAUCGCUGGAGGAGUCUGUGGCGCCCGUCGAUCAUGAGGACGUCGUCCGUUUAAUUGCCGAUCAGAUCCGCCAGCCUCUGAUAGAUCCCAUCGAACGAAAUCGGGAAAAUAAAGAGGAUCUGAGCAUCCUGCACCUAGAGGAUGCCAUCAAGUUCAGGGAUUCGAUGCAAAUCUUUCACGUGGAGCCCACAGCCGAAUCUCUGGAUGAAGUAAUGCCCGUUAAGGAUGACGAUCUUGGAGAGAUGCUGGAGGCCCUGACUGACGUGAUGCUCGAUGAGGAUGAUGAAGGCGAAGACGAAGAGGAGGACGAUGAAGAUGUGGAUGAAGAUGACGAUGAGGAUAAAGACCCAGACAAUAGCGAUGGAAAAGUUGUAGAAGCAAAUGCAAACUCAGGCCAUGAUCAGGUCUUAGGUCAUAAGAGUCACAUAUGGGAUUGAUUUUUAUUUUAAAUAUAGAAAAUUAUUAGUUUAAAGCUGAUUUUCAUAAUAUAAAUGUAAAGAUGACCAUUUGAUAUUUAUUUAUUAAAACUUUAAUGUGUUGCAUAUAGUAUGAAUCGCUUAAUGCGUGGAAAUAAAUACCCAUUUUUAGGGAGCUUUCA